CCUUUGUUUAUAUCUUAUCAAGUUAGCAUGAGAGUCGGUCAAGUUUAACGAUCUGAUACCAAAGCAAAGAGUUUACGCGGCUUCAUCGUCGUAGUCUUAGCUUCUUCGCUCAAUUACAGUUACAUUUCCAUUUACUGUAACAUUAUAGUUCAGACUCAACAACAUACAUUUAUUGUUGGAAUAGCUCUUCGACUUGGAUACAGAAUUAAUAGCAAAUAUGGUUGCACCGAAGAGAAUGAAGACCUUUGAGGUUGUUUUCAGUGAUCCUAGCAAGACUUUCUACUGCAGUGGUGACAAAGUAGCUGGUACAAUCGUGGUGGAAGUAUCCGAAGUGACCAGGGUCUCUGCCAUGCGAGUGCUUGGAAUAGGAUGCGCCAAGGUGGAAUAUGCCAAAGGAAAGCAGAAAUGCAGAGAAGAGAAUGAGUACUUGAGAUACGAAGAGGUCGUUCAUCUUGAUGACCACCCAGCUGAUCAUGACGGAUCAGUUAUUCUGAGACCUGGCAACAAGUACGAGUACAUGUUUGGAUUUGAGCUUCCUCAACAAGGGCAGAUUGUGUCUUCUUACAAGGGGAAAUUUGGCUAUGUCCAGUACUAUGUCAAGGCCUUGAUGGAGAGGCCUGGUCAACUUGCACUAGAGUGCAAGAAGCACUUUGAGGUGGAGGAGCCCCUGGAUGUGAACACCCCAGAUCUUCUGUCUCCUACAGGCGGCAUGAAGGAGAAAAAGGUCACCUGCAUGUUCAUUCCUGACGGCCAGGUUUCCCUGAAUGCCAAGAUUGACCGCAAGGGUUUCUGUGAGGGCGAAGACAUAUGCAUCAGUGCCAAGUUUGAGAACACCUGCUCACGCAUUGUGGUGCCCAAGGCAGCCAUCAUCUCCAAGCACACCUACCAGGCCAACGGCAGGACCAAGGUCUUCAGACAGAAGCUCUCCUCAGUGCGUGGCAACCACAUCAUCUCCGGCAUGUGCGACGCCUGGCAGGGCAAGACCAUCCGCGUGCCCAAAAUCAAGCCCUCCAUGCUGGCCUGCAACAUCAUCCGAGUGGAGUACGCCCUCAUGAUCUAUGUGCACAUUCCGGGCAGUGACAAGCUGAUCCUGGAGCUGCCGCUGGUCAUCGGGACGGCCGGCCUGGGCAGUCGCAACAACAGCGUCAGCAGCACCGAGGGCUCGUCCAGCAACGCCUCGGCCAGCUGGGUGUCCCUGCGCAUGCCCUCCGCUCCCCCGAGCUACUGCGACGUCACCCGCGACUGCCGCCUCGACCAGCCCCUCACGCCUCUGCUGGAUGACUACGACGGCGACGACAGCCCCAUCUUCAUGCACCCCGCGGCCUUCCAGUUCCCUCCCCCGCCCGCCUACACUGAGGUCGACGAGGAGUAUAAUGGCAACGCACGCAUGCUUCAGGUUUGCUGAACUGUUUCAGCACUUUCAGAGCUCUGGUCCACCCUAGGGCCGCUCUCUGCUCCAGGCACUUGGCUUGCUUUAAAAGGAGCGGACUGCUAUUCGAGAAGCUUUGGUGGGACUCGGAAGUGACGUGGCGGCAGCUAUUGGAGCUGGCCCUGUGCUGAGAGAAGACGGGAAGGAAAGAAGGCGAAGUCGUCUGUUUGUGCUGUCAGCCGUAUUUGCUGUAUCAUGCUGCACCACCUAAGCUGAUCUCAUUUCCUCCUGGACUGAUAACUGUUUAAGUUUCUGCACCGGAAUGUGAAUAUGCAGUCUUUCUCGUUUGCAAUGUUUUGUGAAUAAGCUGCUCCUUCCAGUAACCUCAAUAUUCAGUAAUCGAAGAGAUUACUGAUAAGAAAUCAGGAGUGAUCCAAUAGCCUUAUAUAAACCAUGUGGUCACUGAGUUUCCCCUCUGGGGCCAGGCACUUGUUGAUUUGCCCACGGCUAAUUAUGAAUAGGCUCUUAAGUUUUGGUUGUCUUGUGUAAUCAUUCCAAAGUCAAUUAAUCCUGUAUUUCAUGAACAUUUGGGAUUUAAUCUGCAGAACCAAUAUUUUGUAAUUGUUUUUCUAAAAUGAAACAAGGCAAUUUUUGUGUUUUCAUUUAAAGAACUGUUUGAGAAUAAUUGCAUCAUGAAUAUUAUCUUCUCUUGGCAUCAAGGGACAAUCAUGCAGUUAGUAUAUUCUUUACCAGUGUUUAUGAAAAUGUGUUCUGUGUUUUUCUGUUUGAUAUUGCACUUUUUGUAUGGAUACUCAUUGAUCUACAACUGCCUACAGGAGAUAUCCUUGUUUUGUUCAGUUUUGGAUAGUGUUUCUGUUAGAGUAUGUCUCCAAAUCUAACCCUAAUAUAUUGUUUUCACAGUGUAUUAGCAUGGGCUCAAAUUGAUUCAUUUUCUAAAUGAGGGCUGAAUCACUAAGUCAUAAUGUAUUCGGGUUUAACAAUAUUGUCUAUAUUAGGAUUUCUCCACAAUCGCAUUUCACUGUGCCUAUCGGGUGCUUGUUCUUCCAAAAGUGGAUGACUGUUGUAAAACUGAUCCGUUGGAUCCCAUGUAAUGCAUCCUUUAUACUUUUGUAUAUAUCAUAAAUGUGAAGUAUUUUUGUAUCAGACCCUAUGGGUUGGUUUUCUAAAAAUAAAAGGUUUAAGUAAAUAA